AUGACCGAGACGUUGUCGCUAGCAUCAACCGUCCGUCUCUCCUCCGGCCACCUCAUGCCUCUCCUGGGUCUUGGUGUCUACCAGAAUAAUGACUGCAGCGCCGCAUGCCUCGCUGCCCUCAAGCAUGGCUAUAGACAUAUUGACUCUGCCCGCAUGUACAAGAACGAAGCACAGGUCGGGAAGGCUGUGAGGGACAGCGGGAUCCCUCGUGAGGAAAUUUUCGUCACAUCCAAGAUCUUUCCAAGUGAACAUGGCUAUGACAGCACAUUCAAAGCCGUCGAUAGUUCCCUUGAGCGGUUCGGUUUCGAUUAUCUUGACCUCUUCCUGAUCCAUGCCCCCCUUUCCGGGAAAGAGAAGCGUCUGGAAACUUGGAGAGCGCUCGUCGACUGCAAGAAGGCAGGAAAGCUGCGGACGAUCGGCGUAUCCAAUUACGGUGUGAGACACCUCGAGGAGAUUCAUGAAGCUGGACUCGAGACGCCCUCGGUCAAUCAGAUCGAACUACAUCCGUUCUGCCAGCAGCAGGCCAUUGUGAACUACUGCGACAAGCACAAUAUAUUUGUGCAGGCAUACUGCCCACUUAUCCGCGGCAAGUUCAGCAACCCCGUCUUUCAGGAGGUCGCAAAGAAGUACAACAAGUCGGUCGCCCAGGUCCUCGUCAGAUGGUCUCUACAGCGCGGCUUCAGUCCGCUCCCGAAAUCCUCCAGGCCGGAGCGAGUCGUCUCGAACGCGGACGUGUACGGCUUUGCGCUCGCCGACGAUGACAUGGCGCGCAUCAACACGCUUGACCGCGGUAAGGACGGCGCGAUCAGCUGGAACCCGGUGGAAGUGGAUGGAUAUUUUGGGGUAGUCACGGGUGUUGUCGGAAAGUGGGUGGAGAACACGGUCGGCGCCGUCUUGGGCCCAUUCCGGAGAUGA